UAUGACUACUUUGUCACCUUACACUCUGAAGUCCAAUGGACCUGGGGACGGAAGUGGGGAAUCACUCGGACCGUCUUCACGUUCUCACGAUAUGGACCUUUUGCUUGUGCGCUUAUGACCUCGUACUCCGCUAUCAAGACAUGGGGCACGCAAGAUUGUGCACCUUUUAAUGAUGCUUUAAAUGGCCUACACUUCUUGAGCAUUAUUGCCGCAGAAGUUUUGUUGAUUUUCAGGGUCUACGCCUUCUCUGGCAAAAAAAAGGCUUAUCUUAUAAGUAUCCUCUUAUUUGGUUCGGCCAUCUUAGUGGCAUCUGUUGUCAUAAGUGCUGCCCCCAUCAAUUGGAGGAUCCCAGGAGGCGAGUCUCAAGGCUCACUUCUCAGUCUCAGUAUUCAUCCCCUUUCAGGUUCCCCUUGCGUGAUGGAAGGGGCUCAUAGCAGCGCCCUUCCGUAUGCACUCUUAAUGUUCUUUGAGAUAGUUCUCAUGUCCACCACUGCAUUCUUGAGAUAUCGACACUAUCUGGGCUCUCAUAGUGCUUUGAUGAAGAGUGUUUAUCGCGAUGGACUACUCUACAUGCUAUGCAUCACAAGUAUCGAGGCCAUUCUCUCGUACAGCGAAACGCUAAACACACCUCAAAUUGUUGCGCACAGUGUUCUUGCUUCUCGAAUACUAUUCAAUCUCCAAGAAAGCAUGGCGCAACCGCUCAUACCAACCUACCGAUCAGCGACUUCGAUUGAAUUCAAUGCGCGAUCUGGAGGCAAUCAGACAGCUAGCCAGGCAGACGAAGCUUAAACCUGCUGAUAAUUUUCUUGUGCUUUCCGUGUCCUUCAUAUUUUAGUGGUGAGCUACUCCAUCACCCAGGUGUAUGCGUUCUCCAUGCCAACAAACGCCUGUCGCCGACAUCUGCAUGUAGCCACCGCUCAUCAUUUCUUGUAUAAUUCAGAUUCUAUUGCAAUUCAGAUACUUAGUGGUGCUCUUCCAAUUUUAUUGGUCAUGCAAAUAUGUGCUGGGACCACGCCUCAUCCUUAGCGUUCGAGAAUAUCAUACCAG